CGCAGCGCCCGUUCUAAUUGUUUGUGUCGUGAAUCCGGAACAGCGGCCAAUAAUCUUGGGAGAACCCAUUUAAUCGCAUACAGCUGCGGGUUUAGUGUGUCUCUCAUUCUCUUUGCUUUCCAUUUGUGUGUGUGUGUAGGGAGCAAAACAACUAAAUUAGUGACGCUUAAUUGCUAAAUUACCCAAGUGUUAAAUUUACUUUUGCUUUACUCUACAAAUAAAUAACUUCAAAAUGCUGGAUGUUCCACAUGAAGCCAAGGUGCGCGGCCACCAGCGAGCACCCUCCGACUCAAAGGAGUUCCAUGAGGUGACCAAACGGGAUGCCCUGCGUCUGCUGGAGCACGAUGUGGACCGCCUGCUGGAGACCACCGAGAAGGCCCGCCAGCCUGCCCUCAAGGCAGAAAUGGGUCGAUUCGCCGAUCUGUUCGGACGUUUCAUUCAGGAAGAGGGUCCCGCAUUGGACUGGAACAAGAUUCAGAAGCUGCCUGAGAAUGCUGUGAUGAACUACUCGAAUCUAAAGUCGCCCCAGAACGAGCAGAAUGAGAUCCGCAACAUGUUGGAUAAAUUGGUGGUCAUCAAGCUGAACGGUGGUUUGGGCACCUCCAUGGGUUGCCAUGGUCCCAAGAGUGUGAUUCCCGUGCGUUCGGACCUUACUUUCCUUGAUCUGACCGUGCAGCAAAUCGAGCACCUCAACAAGACCUACGAUGCUAAUGUGCCGCUGGUACUGAUGAACUCCUUUAACACCGACGAGGACACCGAGAAGAUCGUGCGCAAGUACAAGGGAUUCCGUGUGCAGAUCCACACCUUCAACCAGAGCUGCUUCCCGCGCAUCAGUCGUGAGCACUACCUGCCGGUGGCCAAAGACUUCGAUGUCGAAAAGGAUAUGGAGGCCUGGUACCCACCUGGACACGGUGACUUCUACGAUACCUUCCGCAACUCUGGUCUGCUGAAGAAGUUCAUCGAGGAGGGCCGCGAGUACUGCUUCUUGUCCAACAUCGAUAACCUGGGCGCCACCGUCGAUCUGAACAUUCUCAACAAGCUGGUGGGCGAGGAGCGAGCCACCACUCCUGUGGAGUUUGUCAUGGAGGUCACUGACAAGACCCGUGCUGACGUUAAGGGUGGUACUCUCAUUCAAAUGGAAAACAAGCUGCGCCUGCUGGAAAUUGCACAAGUUCCCCCAGAGCACGUGGAUGACUUUAAGUCGGUUAAGACCUUCAAGUUCUUUAACACCAACAACAUUUGGGCCAACCUGGCAGCAAUCGAUCGUGUUUUGCGUGAGCGUACCUUAAACAUGGAAAUUAUUGUAAACAACAAGACGCUGGAGAACGGAACCCGUGUCAUUCAGCUGGAGACUGCUGUGGGUGCGGCCAUGAAGUGCUUUGAUGGCGCCAUCGGCAUCAAUGUGCCACGCUCCCGUUUCUUGCCCGUGAAGAAGUCCUCAGAUCUGCUGCUUGUCAUGUCAAAUUUGUAUACCCUUAAAAACGGCAGCCUGGUAAUGUCGCCACAGCGAAUGUUUCCUACCACGCCACUCGUCAAGCUGGGUGAGAACCACUUUUCAAAGGUGAAGGAGUUCCUGGGUCGCUUCGCCAACAUCCCGGAUAUCAUUGAGCUGGAUCACUUGACCGUGAGCGGAGAUGUGACUUUCGGUCGUGGCGUUUCAUUGCGCGGCACUGUGAUCAUCAUUGCCAACCAUGGCGAUCGUAUCGAUAUCCCUGCUGGAGCCAUUCUGGAGAACAAGAUCGUGUCUGGCAAUAUGCGCAUCUUGGACCACUAAAUCAAAUCCUCUACAAUUGGAUAUCGUCUCACUAACUGUAGCCUAAUUUUCUAAGUUUUAUGUAGUAGCCAUGUUCGCGGUUUAAAAUUUCCAAUUACGAAUUUCAUUUAGCCAAUUGUUGUAAGCACAAAGUGUGUCAUCUGUAUAUAUCGUUAAGUAGAAACCAGUCAGGUUUUUUAAUCAAAAACAAAUUGCAAUAUGUUUUCAAAAAUGUUAGUCGUUCAAACGAGAUAUAAAAGAUAGCAGCUGUUGAAAAUCAAUAAAGGCAUGUUUAUUUCUAUAAA